AUGGACCCAUUAUUUCUAGCCUACAGUUAUUUUAGGAGAAGAAAAUUUAAAGAAAGCGUUGACAUUUGUACAAAGAUUCUGGCAAAAAAUCCAUAUGAUCAAGCUGCCUGGCUGUUAAAGACGCGAGCAUUAACAAGUCAAGUCUACGUGGAUGAGGUGGAAGUAGAUGAGGAGGGUAUUGCAGAGCUGCUAUUAGAUGACAAUGUUAUUGCAAAUGUUGCUCGACCAGGAACUUCCUUACGGAAACCAGAUACAACACAUGAAGGACCUAGUCAAGCUGUUAGGCCAACAAGUCAAGGGGGUCGACCUCUUUCUGGAUUUGUUCGUCCAGGCACUCAGUCUGGACGCCCAGGAACAGUGGAGCAGGCAUUGCGUACACCACGCACUGCCCAUACGGCUCGACCGGUCACUAGUGCAUCAGGAAGAUUUGUUCGACUUGGAACAGCUUCAAUGCUGUCAAACCCAGAUGGUCCAUUCAUUAACAUUGCCAGACUGAACUUGAACAAAUAUGCAGCAAGAUCUAAUUUAGCCAAGGGACUUUUUGAGUAUAUCUUUCAUCAUGAGAAUGAUGUGCGCAAUGCAUUAGAGCUGGCGGCACUAGCCACAGAGGCAAGUCAGUUUAAUGACUGGUAUUGGAAAGUUGCCCUGGCAAAGUGUUACUACAGACUAGGUAUGUACAGAGAUGCAGAGAAGCAACUUCGUUCUUCACUAAAGACUGAUGAAGUGAUUGAUGCCUACCUUUACCUGGCCAAAGUUUACUGCCGAUUGGACCAGCCUUUGGCGGCCAUUGAGGUGUACCAACAGGCCUUGAAUCAGUUUCCAGGAGAAACUGCUUUGCUUAUAGGCAUCGCCAGAAUUCAUGAGGUUUUAGAUUUUGUUUUCAUAGAAUAUCAUAGAUUGCAAAAGGAAUAA